AUGACAACACCAUAUUUACCGUUAAUGAAAGAAGGGUCAGAAAACCCUCCACAACUCAGUCGUUCAAAGCUCGGCAAAGACCUUGGUAGGGGCAGGUUUUCCCAUGCCAAGGCCGAACACCCCUGGGCAUACGCCUCCUCGAUAGCUUCAAUCGUCAUAAUGAUCCUUUUUAUCGUUGCAGCUGUACAAGAAAUCCGUAACGGUGACGAAGAAAGUAUAUUACCUCUUUUUCACUUACUUCUGAGUGUGGUUUGUUUUAUAGUGGGGGCAAUUUGUAUGGGUAUCAUGUUUGACCCCAUUCCAACAAGUCGUAUUAGCGAGGCUCAGGAUGCCCUCUUUUUCUUGAAGCUAAUUGCAACAGGCCAUUCGUGGGACGAAGUGGGUAGAAUUAUGAACUCCUAUCUCUUUGAGAGAGGAAUUUGGUGGACAAACAGCUGCUUUUACGACAGUGAACAGUGUUACAACUUUUUUGUAAGCUAUUCCAAAGGAUGUGCUGACCCUGCUAUAGAGCCGUUUAUCGAGCAAGCUAAAAGCAAGCUGGCUGAAAGCAUGGCUGUACAGUGGGAGGAAAUUCAGGUUCCGGGUCAUUCAUAG